CGUCAAUCAAAGCCUCAGAGCGGUAGGCGGCCAAUGGGAGGCGUUGCUUGGGCGGGGCUUCUAGGACUCGACCAAUGGGAAGGCGAAGGAGGCUCUUCCCUCCGCCAUUUUUUUUCUGAGGCGAGAAGGCGGCGCUUGAAGGAGAGAGAGCGGGAAAUGAAGACCCUCUGAAGUCACCUCUGGCAUGAUAAGAAAAUAUCAGUAUCUAGUGAAUAUUGAGGAAUUUGGAAACUAAAGUGCAUUAAGGAUACCAGUUGUGUAGGAAAAAGAAAUUCUCUUGGCUGAAUUCUUAAACUAUUGAUCAGAAAGGAAAAACAAGAGUCAAGUGUCAAUAUUGCAAUUAUAUGUACAUAACUGUCGACAUGAAGGAGAAAGCAUAUAAAUGUACUGAGUGUGGAAAGAGCUUUGGUCAGCUUGGAAAUCUGAAGAGACAUCAAAGGACUCACACUGGGGAGAAACCCUAUAAAUGCCUGGAGUGUGGAAAGAGCUUCACUGACAGUGGAAAUCUGCGUUCACACCAAACAACACACACUGGGGAGAAAUCCUAUAAAUGCUUGGAAUGUGGACAGAGCUUUGCUCGGAAUGGACACCUACAGUCACAUCAAAGGACUCACACCGGGGAGAAACCCUUUAAAUGCCUGGAGUGUGGACAGAGCUUUGCUCGGAAUGCACACCUACAGUCACAUCAAAGGACUCACACUGGGGAGAAACCCUACAAAUGUCUGGAGUGUGGAAUUAGCUUCGCUCAUAAUGUAGGUCUAUAUUCCCAUCAAAGGACUCACACUGGUGAGAAACCCUUUAAGUGUCCAGAGUGUGGAAUGAGCUUCACUGAGAGUGGAAGUCUACAUAGACAUCAAAGGACUCACACUGGAAUAAAACCCUAUAAAUGCCUGGAGUGUGGAAUGAGUUUUUCUCGAAGUGGGCAUCUACUUUCGCAUAAAAGGACUCACACUGGGGAGAAACCCUAUAAAUGCCUGGAGUGUGGACAGAGCUUCACUCAGAGUAGAAAUCUUCGUUCACAUCAAAGGAUUCACACUGGGGAAAAACCCUAUAAAUGCAUGGAGUGUGGAAAGAGCUUCAUCCACAGUGCAAGUCUAUGUUCACAUCGAUGGACUCACGCUGGGGAGAAACCCUAUAAAUGCACGGAGUGUGGACAAAGCUUCACUGACAGUGGAAGUCUACAUAAACAUAGAUGGACUCACUCUGGGGAGAAACCCUAUAAAUGUCUGGAGUGUGGAAAUAGCUUCACACGGAGCGGCAGUCUACAUAGACAUCAAAGGACUCACACUGGGGAGAAACCCUAUAAAUGCAUGGAGUGUGGACAGAGCUUUGCUGAGAGUGGAAGUCUACAAAAACAUCUAAUUACUCACACUGGGGAGAAACCCUAUAAAUGCACGGUGUGUGGAAAUAGCUUCACACGGAGUGGCAGUCUACAUAGACACCAUAGGAUCCACACUUGAGAGAAUGAUGAUAAUUGACACCAGAGUUGUCAGGGUAUUGUGUAUUGUGAAAUGUUAAAAUCAAUCUGGGUUAUUAGAAAUGCCUUAUGUGUUAGUUUUUCGGCAAGGCAUUUCAGCAGUUAUGGAGUUAAUGAGAGUCUGCUAUGAUUGAUGUAUCACAGGACCAAUGGGGUCAAGUUUGUUUUGACCGGGACUUUCUUUCUUGUUCCUGUGGAAUGCAGAGGAGUUUCCUGAUCAGUUGAGCAAUGUGCUGUGCAUGCAUGAGUUCGCUUCGGGCAAAAGCACUCAUGGAGAGAAGGACUGAUUUGCUCUGUUUGUAUAUAGAAAUGUAAAUAAAAGUUUAUUGCCGUUGGAUUUCCAACCGAAA